AUGCGGGACAAUUUCAUUAUACAUGGUUUACCCGAACAACAAAAGGAGACAUACCAGGACACAGAACAACUUGUCAAAUCGUGUCUGAAGAUCCACCUCAAGAUGGACAGCACUGUCAAAGAGAUCCAGCUUGCACGGGCCCAUCGCUUGGGUCAGUGGCGCGGGAAAACACCUCGAGGCCGUCCUUUUGUGGGGGAACAUGGGGAACUGAAGGGAACAGGACUGGGUCUGACGGACCAGUUCCCCGGCGAAAUCAUGCGGCGACGCAAGUUGCUCCAACCUGUACUAGCAGAGGCAAGGGCCGCUGGCCGGAGAGCCAAAAUAUCCAUCGAUAAACUGUACAUAGACGGCAAACUUUAUUUUGGGGGUGGGAUUAAAUAA